AGAACUCCAGCGCUCUUUCACGAUGCCCGUCGUUUGAAGUGUUUUAUCCGUUUGUUCGUACGUUCGUCCGUUGGAUCGUCCGAUCGUUGAUCGGACCGUGAACUGGGCUGUUCGGCUGAAACGAGUGAGCUUCAGGUCGAGAGAUCUGCGCUUGGAUCACCGGCGGAGCCAGGAAAUAUAGAACGGCCAUCCUGAGCUCCAGGCUGCCUUCAGCUCCAACAACAUGCAUCAUCAUUGGGAUUUGAAGCUCGCCCGCGAGAGGCUCUGCAAGGAGGCCAAGCUCCGGAUAUGUGAUGUGACGCUGAACUCGAAUGCUUUGGGCUUCACACACUCGCCCACAUACAAGACGUUCCACUACCCGCGCAUCGAUCAAUCCAUAGAUGCCGUCAUCUAUGUAACGGUGGUGUUCGUUUUGUUCGCGGCAAUCGUUUUGCUCCUUGUGGGCACCGGAUGUCAUCGUUAUCAACCCGUUAACCAAGGCUCGUCGGGAGAAAGACGUCAACUAGUCGUCCGCUUCGAAGACGGAGGAACGUCCCAGUCAAAUCCUGAGGUCCCCGUGGAACCUGUGUGAAAAGAGAGAGUUUUCAUUCGCGUGAUGGGUUUUAGGUUGGGGGCUCGCUGGUGUACAUUGAUGCUUUCGGAGAACCGCUACCCGGGAAGGGAAAAGGAACCAAAAGGGAUGCCCAAGUCGAGAUUUAUGAAACUUUUGACCUGAGCGAGAGACGAGUUUGCCGAGAGAAAUCCUGAGCGUCGUGUCUCCGUCAACUCGGCCUGCGGGUGAGAUCGUUUUGUGAUCGAGCGGAAGAAACCCCACAACAUAAGGAACGAGUGUACAUAGAGUGGAUGCCGCG